GCGAGCACCCUCUCCCGCGGGAUGGCGCACGGUCAGGGUAAUUGCAUUUCAAGGAAGCCCUCCUGCAAUUUUUACAGGCGCAACUACAAGAGAAAUUACGGUGGACCUGCCCCGACAGGGGUGUGUUCCUCACUUGCUGGGCAGCAGGAUCACAUGAUCCUAAAGAGGCUUCCUGUUUGGUGAAGAAGACACGCUCUGUUGCAAGACUUUUCAACUGUUAUAUUUCUGAGCUGGAUGACUGCAGCCUGAAGCACAUGAAUGACCGGAUGAGCAGCAGGAGGCUGAAAGCUGAGCAUGGAGAGUGGAGUCUUAUUGGACCUCCAUCAGGAGGAGACACUUCUAAUCUCCUGGACCAAAACAUCUCCACACCCUAUUUUAUUUAUGUGUUGGCAUUUUUCUCGGCCUUGGGGGGCUUUCUCUUUGGCUAUGACACUGGGGUGGUUUCUGGGGCCAUGCUGCCCCUGAAGAGAGAGAUGAACCUGAACGCCCUGUGGCAGGAGCUGUUGGUUUCCAGUACCGUUGGGGCAGCAGCGCUCUCCGCCCUGAGUGGAGGCUAUUUAAACGGCUGGUUGGGUCGUAGGAUCUGUAUCCUUGUGGCCAGUUUCAUCUUCAGUGUUGGUGGCAUCGUACUGAGUCUUGCUCAGGACAAAGUAGUCCUCCUUGUUGGCAGAGUCACAGUCGGUUUGGGAAUAGGCAUUGCUUCUAUGACGGUUCCUGUUUACAUUGCAGAGGUGUCCCCCCCUCACAUGAGAGGCCAGCUGGUCACCAUUAACUCCCUCUUCAUCACUGGGGGCCAGUUUGUUGCCAGUGUAGUUGAUGGGGCUUUCAGCUAUCUGAGCCGUGAUGGAUGGAGGUACAUGUUGGGCCUUUCCAUCAUACCUGCUGUGCUGCAGUUCUUCGGCUUCGUCUUUCUGCCAGAAAGCCCCCGAUGGCUCCUGCAAAAAGGCCGAAGCGAUGAAGCACACCGUGUCCUCAGCCAGAUUAGAGGAAACCAGAACAUUGAUGAGGAGUACGACAAGAUCAAAGCCAGCAUUGAGGAGGAGAAGGAGGUGGGAGCAGGAGGUGUUGUCAUUUUACGCAUCCUCAGACAUGGUCCUACUCGCAGGGCUCUUAUUGUUGGUUGUUGUCUCCAGAUGUUUCAGCAGCUGUCUGGAAUCAACACAGUCAUGUACUACAGUGCAACUAUUCUGCAGAUGGGGGGAGUACAGGACGACAAGCAGGCGAUCUGGUUGGCUGCUGCUACUUCAGCCACCAACUUUGUGUUUACCUUGGUUGGAGUGUGGCUGGUGGAAAAAGUGGGCCGCAGGAAACUGGUCCUGGGGAGUCUUUUAGGUACUGGUCUGAGUCUGACUUUGCUGGCUGUCAGUUUCCUGCUUUCUGCUCAGAACUCUCCACCCGUGACCUUCCACCCUUACGACCCUCAAAAUUCAACCUGCAGACAGUAUGGGUCCUGUGAACUCUGCAUGUUGGAUCCAAAUUGUGGAUUUUGUUACCGUGAAAAUGGGACCGUGGUGUUUGAAACCUCAUGCGUUCCUGUCAACCUGGCGUCCACUGAUCAUGCAGCCUGGGGAAGAUGUUCUAACAGCACAGAAGGAAGUGACAACCUAAUUUGGGCGUACAAUUACUGUCCCACAUCCUACUCCUGGGUUGUUCUGAUGGGCCUCGUCCUCUAUCUUGCAUCAUUUGCUCCAGGUAUGGGCCCCAUGCCGUGGACGGUGAAUUCAGAGAUCUACCCACUCUGGGCACGCAGCACAGGCAACGCCUGCUCAGCUGCUGCCAACUGGAUCUUCAAUGUUCUUGUGUCGCUGACUUUUCUACACGUUGCACAGUUUCUGACGUAUUACGGUGCGUUCUUCAUGUACACAGGCCUGGUGGUGUUGGCUCUCCUCUUCGUCUUUGCCUGCCUCCCAGAGACAAAGGGCUUGCAGCUGGAGGACAUUGAGAACUUGUUCACCGGGCAGCUCUGCUCCUGCAGAGGCUCUGCUUACAAUGACAUGCGUCACAUCCACUACAUCCGGGUAAAAGGCAGCAACUGCCUCCAAUCCGACAACGAGGCUUCAGAUGUAGAGUAGAGCGGGCAGAUUUUCUCUCUUCGCUCUUCUUUUGGGGACACUUUUCUUCUCUGGUUUGAGGACUGCUCAUGCGGAGACGUUGGGAUCAAAAACACAGAUUACAGCAAUCGUUAUCUGCACCUGGGCAUUACUUUAGUUUUCCUAUUUUAUCAAUAUUUCAGUCACUCUGAAAGGGAAUCAGGCUCCUUCAUUAGUAACAGUUACAGAGCUUAAAGCAGAAAUCUGGAGUUUAUUCUCAGAGGGCACCUUCAAGAGGCAGAAAAACGUAUUGCACUUUACGCCCCGCUACCACCUCUCACGCACACCUCUAGCCGGCCAACAGAGCAAAAGCACACCAUUUUACAAUUAUUCUAACACCAUGCCAUAAAACGCUAUAAAUAUAUAUAUAUAUUAAGAUUUACUUGUCCAUAAGAAAUGUCCUAAGCUCUGCAUCAGUCUAGGUACAUCCGUAAACAAGCACACCCACUCUGUGAUUGGCAGCUGUUCAUAAGCGGAUGUGUAAUGCUAUUGGCUAUUGCUGAGCGGCACUCACUUCAAUUUGCACAGAGCUCUGCGGGACGGGGGAGAGGCUUAGCACAAAAUAAAUAACGUAUAGCCUAUCACAGUGCAGGGUAAGGGGGGCUGGCUACCAAACAUCACUGGGUGAAUGAAAGUGUCUUUUCUGCUGUUGUUAGAUUGAUAAGAUUAUUUAAUACCAAAUAUGGUGAAGAAGUCUUCGCAUGACUACAGUCGGAUCUCCUUUUAGAUACUCUGGGAAAGUCCAAACCUGACUCACCAACAAGAAUGUGUGUGUGUUAUUAUCUCAAAUUAAGAAAAAAUUGCACAGAGAGUCCUGGUGAAUUGUGCCACAUUUUCUGUGAGACACACUCUUGUUGAAACCACUAACACGGGGUUUGUUGUUUGAAUCAGGACAAAAACUACUAACUGAGGCGUGUCCUCUUCACAGUGACAAUCUACACGAUGGACGAAAACCAAAUGGGUGUCUUUUAUUUGAUUUCAUUUGGGCAAAUGUGAUACUGAAAGUUUACUUAAUGCCGGAUUGAUAGAAUGAGUUCUCCACAUUUUUUAGCGAGGUUCUGAUGUAAGGCCAGCACCCUAUGGAGCAGUGGACCCGGACACUUCCAUAGCCUAUAUAACUGUAAGUACUGUACCGAGAUGUGAAAAGCCAUGGAUUACAGUGAAUACGCCUCUGUAAAGUACAACUUCAUGUGUUUGUUCUUUCAGCUGAGAUAAUCGUGACCAAGUAUCCAGUGAGCAGCAUGAUCUUGUGUUUUGUACAAACUGUUUGCACUGUUUCACUUUGAUAUAAGGUUUAUUUUAUUGUGACAAACUCCAGGAUUUCUCACAUAUCAGUGAUGUAAUCAUGCCGUACAAAUCUGUAAAAUGUUUGCUAAUUGCACUAAAUAUGGCAAUAUGUUUGUAUCUGCCAUGUUUGUUACAAAUUUCAUUUUGUCUGAUAGUCGUGUGUUUUAUAUAAAACCAAUCAAUUUCAUUCAAAAAUAAACAAAACUUCUCAGUUUGACUGACCUA